AUGGCCACCACAUCUCCCGACUUGACUCCUCACUCUUCCGAGUCCGGGUCCGAGUCUGGCGAAUUACCUCCCGACCAAUCCCAGUUUCCGGUACACGUGGAUCCCUCUCAGCCCAUCCCUACCUCUACCAAUGUGAGGGCAAAGCGCCACAUUGCUGCCUUAGAAGAUGAGCUCGAGACGCUGCGACAGGAGAGAGGGACCAAGCAGAGAAAGACAACCUACUACGUUGCACAAGGCAGGGCAAUUCGCCGCAUGGUCGUCUUGUACUCUAGCUUAGAGGACUUGGUCGCUGAGAAUGAUCGCAGGUACGAGAGUUUGCGUCUCAUGGAUGACUCAGAGGCCACGCUGGAACAAGAUCGCAUGCAGUCUGGAUACAUUGAACUCGCACAAACACUACCAUGGCUGCACGAGAAGCUCGGGCAACUUGAGCACAAAGAAAGUGAAGAUAUGUUAAAAAAGCUUAAGAAAGGAGCAGAUGCAGCGUGUGGUGAUGAUACCUCCAGUCUCGAGGAGCUUGUUGCUGCCUGGGUCAACCAAGAAUUUCGCCCAUCUCCUUUGAUCAAGCCUGACGAUAAACAUUCACGCGGCUUUACGAGUGACAUUUGUGGGAAGCUACUUUGUCCUGCCGAAUGGGACUGGGAUCAAAACCGCAUCAAGGCCAGUAUUCGCAACAGAACAAUGGAUUAUAUUGUCUCGGAAAAUUCGUGGCCGGUGUUCAUGUACGAGAAUUAUAAAGUCGACCGCGAUAAACUCGAGGAGGGUUUUUUAAAAUUGAAGCUUCUGGUUCUGGCUUUCAAAGCCAUCUUUACGUCUCCUUCCUCUGCAAAGGAAGCUGACAGAGAUGGUGAUGGUGCCGAUAUCCUUGAAAAUAAUAGGUGUGCUCGGCGGAAAUCAGAUCAGGCAAAAGUUAAAACAUGUGUGGCCUCCAUCAUCAACAUGAAGAAGGUGACACCUCGUGCCAUCGCUUACAUUGUUUGUCAAGUUCGUUUUGCUUUAUCGUGUGUUUCAUCUUGGUGCACCGUGGACGGCGAUUUUGAUUAUGAGGUAUUCUGGAAUAACAUCGUGGACUAUUUUGAGGUUGUCCCUGGUCCUGUCACGAAACAUAGGGUAGAUAAGCUCCCCUCCUGGAAUGGUGGACCAGUGCUGUUUAGAAAAUUUUUUGGAACCAAUCAUCGCCAGGACCUGAUGCCAGAGGUUGUAUCCCACAUGUCCGUCAACGCACUAGCCGAACAGAGGAGGAUGCUGGAGGAUGCCACCUUUGACUCAGAGUAA